GAUCCGCGGUCCCUCCCGCACACACACUGACACACACACACUGACACACACACACACACACACACACACACGCACCCACAGACGGAGCGGGACUGAGCGCAGCUGCGUGCCCGGAGAGGAGGACUGAUGACCGGCGAGUCUCUGCUGUACAUCCCCAUCAGAGCUCCAGGACCCACCGACCCGCUGAGUGAUCAGACGAUGGGACGUCACGUGUUUCUGAACAAACUGUGUUAACUGAAGGAAACUGAAGUGUGUCCGACAGCCGCAGCAGGACGAGUGAACCAAUCAGACUCACUGAAGGUAAAACUCAGAAGGUCGCUGAAGGCUCAGAGGUCAGAGGUCAUCAUGCAGAGUAUAAAGUGUGUGGUUGUCGGUGACGGUGCUGUGGGGAAGACCUGCCUCCUCAUCUCCUACACCACCGGAGCUUUUCCCAAAGAGUACAUCCCCACUGUGUUUGACAACUACAGCAGCCAGGUGACGGUGGACGGCAGGACCAUCAGUCUGAACCUGUGGGACACGGCGGGUCAGGAGGAGUACGACCGGCUGAGGACGCUGUCCUACCCGCAGACCAACGUCUUCAUCAUCUGCUUCUCCAUCUCGAGCCCCGCCUCCUACGAGAACGUCAAACACAAGUGGCACCCAGAGGUGUCCCACCACUGUCCCGGCGUUCCCAUCCUCCUGGUCGGCACAAAGAGCGACCUCCGGAACGACGCCGAGACUCAGAGGAAGCUGAAGGAGCAGAACCAGACACCCGUCACCCACCAGCAGGGCGCCGCCCUCGCCCGCCAGAUCCAUGCCGUGCGCUACAUGGAGUGCUCAGCCCUCAACCAGGACGGCAUAAAGGAUGUGUUCGCCGAGGCCGUGAGGGCGUUCCUUAACCCGCAGCCCACCGUCACCAAGAAGCCCUGUGUCCUGCUGUAGGACGGGCGUCGCACCGGGAACGCCGACGGGUGGAGAGACUGUUUGUUUUUAUGUUCAGUUAGAAUUUUAUCUUUUAAUAUUUAGGUAGUCUGGGGGGGUCGACCAUUGUCUCACAGCAUUUCUAACUCAGACUGAAAUAAGUCAAAUGAAACGACGUCCUGUCAGCUGCAGGGACUGACCACAUCAGAGCGGGUGGGCGGGGCUCGAACCAUUACAGGUGACAGGUGUGUUAUUCUCAGCAGAUAAGAUCAUUAAAGUCCAGGUCAACCAGAACCAGAGCGCCGUUAGCUUCCUCGUAUUUAUGUUGUUCCUGUAAGAACAGACAGUUAGAGACCUGUUGCUGCAGCUAAUAGCGCUGUGUGCUACGUGUGCUCUCCCACAUCUUAUUAAUUAUUCACGACAGUUUGGCUCCAAAAGACACCAAAUACACCAAAUACAGCGAGUCUCAGGGCGCACAGACAGCUCUUAUUAUCUGUUCACUGUAACUGUAACAAACAGUUGAAACACUCUCCGUCCGCCUCUUUAACUCCUGAUUGGAUCGCUCUCCACACGGCGUGGACGAGGUUAAGGCCUGAGGGUCGGGGCCCCCACUAGGGGUCGCAAAAGCAUCACGGGGGGUCGCGAGGCCUUCUUGAUACGUAAAAGGUCCGGCAGUUCUAACAAGCAAAGAGAAAACAGAAGAAGCGUUGGAGAGAGAAAAGACUGAAAUGUCGAAUCAAAGUGUUUGAUUGUUAAAAUAAAUAAUCUGCAGUUACUGAGUGCAGUUGUUCUCCGCUGUGAAUUAAAUAUUGAAUAUCCAUAAAAUAUGUAGUGAAGUCAGGAGUGGGUUGGGAACCAGUGGAUUAAAGUAAAUAUCACACUCUCUCCAUAAAACGAGACGCUCCUUCUGACUGCAGAACUUGCCUUACAAUGAUCCUGUUUUUAGUUUCCCUCGGCGUGGCAGCGAUCCAGUGACGGCCGUCUGCGCUAACGGACAAUUCGGCUACCGUUAAUGGAACUAAAGCUAAAGCUAAAACAAAGAAGAUCCUACAACUCACUAUACUUCCUGUUUGUGUCCCGCAGAGCAUUGUGGGAACUGUAGUUCCAACACUUGUGGCGUUCCCUCGGGCUCACAGCCUCAGCUCGAUGCAACCCAGUUGUCAUGACAACAGAAACGCUAACGUUUUGAGGUGUGAACAAAAGAUGAGAAGUUGUUUUUCAGAUGAGUGCUGGUGCGAGAGGACGGGCGGGUCAGACAGGAAGCUGCUGGUGGAGUCGUCAACUGAUGCAAAUAGAAAAAAGGAAGUUGAAUGAAGUUUAUAUUAAAGUCAGCUGAAUAAAAGAGGUUUAAACUGAAGGUACAGAAAGACUGAAGGUUCAUUUCACCAACAAAACAACAACAGAAGAACUCGCUGUGUUUUUAUCUUGGAUGUUCAAAUGUUUUAUGAGGAAAGAAAUGCUGAAUGUACACAGACCGGCGGCCAUCUUCGUCACUUUGUCUAAUAACUCAAAAUAAAUGUGAUUAUUUGUGUUUUUAUGGAUUUACUGUAUUUUUAUUUAAAUGUGACAAUACAUUUAAAACGUUUCAUUCAGUAAA